UUUCCUCUGUUUUCUGCUGUGGGAGACCCAAAUGGGUUUUGAAUUCUUCAGGCGCGUCUGCGGCUCCAGGAAAAGUCGGAGGGUAGGGAAACAAAAACACCCGUGGAAACGUCGCCUUGAGGAACCAUUCUGUCCAGCUCGAAAUCCUUCAAGCAAUUUGCUGGGAACAGAUUUUUUUUUUACCCUAAGUGGCUUUAGGGUUCCAGAUUAGCCCACGGUUUCUGUGGAAGACAAAAUGGCCACCGGGCAAGGAGGGACUUCAGCUUUGAGUCUCCUGCUAGAGGCUAUUCCGAAACAGGGAGUGAAAGCAGAGGGAUUGGAUUUAUUGGACGUGGAGGAAGCAGCAAGAGAAGGUCUGAAUGUGGUCCGUGCUGAGCGCCGUAAGGCGAUCUGGGAGAGUAACGUGCCAAAGUGUGUGAAAUAUGAACUGAAGAAGAAGGGGCCACCACAGCCUUGGGAAGCCCAGCUGCACGAUUUCCUAAAAGCAACGGCGUCUUCCUCCUCUGAAGGAAGAAAUGCACAGCAAAUGAUGUCAGCAUUAAGGGAUGAAUCUCAAGCCACCGUGUCUCCUUCUGAGGGAGCUGUGGAUGCCAGGAAACAUCGGAGGCAUGAAAAACCAAGCCAGGUCCUGCUCCAACCCAGCAGAGCCCAUCCGCUGGCUGACAACCUGUUGGCCAAAGACCCAGACGACAGGAGGAAGGUGAAGGAAGAUAUCUUGGCUGAGAAGACCGUCCGCGGUGACGUCCAGCGCCAACGCUUCAGGCACUUCCGCUACAAAGAGGCCAAGGGGCCCCGCCAGGCUUGCACCCGGCUCCGGGAACUUUGUCACGGCUGGCUGAAGCCAGAGAAACACACUAAAGAGCGAAUCCUGGAGAUGGUGGUCCUGGAGCAGUUUUUGGCUGUCCUGCCCCCAGAGAUGCGGGAAUGGGUUGAUGAAAGUUGCCCAGAGACCUGUGCCCAAGCCGUGGUCCUGGCAGAAGCUUUCCUACUGAGGGAGCGAGAGGAGGAGAGGCCCCGAGGGCAGAAAGUGGAUCAUGUUUUCCCAGAGGCAAAACAGGCUCCACCAGACACCUGGCAGAGGCUCCAUUUUGGAAAGAUCAAACAAGAGGUUGACAGAGAUGCCACCAUGUUGGUGCAACCUAAGAUAACACAGGAGAAGGAACAGAAUCAGCCAGGUAAUCCGGAGGAAUUAGAUCCGUUUGCAGCAUUACCAAGACACGCUGGGGAAGGUGCUACUUGUUUUCAUGGCCAGAAGCAGGAAGCUGAGAACCUACAAGGAAAUUCAGAAGCCCAGGAAGGAAAUUUCAUCAAUUCGCAGGGAGGAUAUGAAGAUCUUGAUGACACCAUAGUGAAGCAGCCAGUAAUCCUCAAGGGUGGGAGGGGAGAGACAAGACUUCUAUCCGGACAAGUCCUUAGGCUCAGAUCUGAUCUUCUCAUGUCUGAGAGGACACUUCCAAGAGAGUCCCAGUAUAAAUGUACAGUUUGUUGGAAAACCUUCUGCAGAAGAAACGUCUUGAUUACUCACCAGAGAAUACACACGGGGGAAAAGCCAUAUAAAUGUGCAGACUGUGGGAAAAGCUUCAGCCAGCGAUCCCACCUCAUCCUCCACGAGAGGACUCACACUGGAGAGAAACCCUACAAAUGCUCCGACUGUGGGAAAAGCUUUAGCCAGCGCCCGCACCUUGUGAAACACGAGAGAAUCCACACAGGAGAGAAACCAUACAAGUGCCCUUAUUGCGGGAAGAGUUUCAGUGACCGGUCUACAUUGACAACGCACAAGAGGACUCACACGGGAGAGAAACCCUAUUCAUGCUCAGACUGUGGAAGGAGUUUCAGCGACCGGUCAUCUCUUAUUGCGCAUAACCGGACCCACACUGGGGAAAAGCCGUUCAAAUGCUCGGGAUGCGGGAAAAGCUUUAGCCAUCAGUCGACCGUCAUUAGACAUGAACGCAUCCAUAAAGGGGAGAAACUUUUGAAGGGUUUAGAAGUUGGGAAACAUGAUCAUUCUGUCUUGAUGGCAAAUAAGAGAUUGCACUUUGGAGAGAUAACCUUAGUACCACGGGCAAAUUCUGUGACUUGGGGAGAAUCUGUUUCCAUCAGUCUUAACAAUUCUCCACCCGAGAAAUCCAGCCGGCAUCCUCAAGGGGAAAGAAUGGCCCGCCUUUUGCCGGACCUCUGUAAGGAGAACCCAAUGUCAGAGAGCAGCCUCUGGGCCAGUGACAAAGUCCACUGUUUGAAAGUGAAAGAGGAGGUCUUGGACAGAGAGGAGGAGGAGGCGGCCGUCAACUCAGAAACGCAACGCCAGCACUUCCGGCAGUUCAGCUACCAGGAGGCGGAGGGACCCCGUGAAGUUUGCAACCACCUCUGGGAACUGUGCAACCUCUGGCUGAAGCCGGAGCAGCGGACGAAGGACCAGAUCCUGGAGCUGGUGGUGCUGGAGCAGUUCCUGGCGGUUCUGCCACCCGAGAUCCAGAGCUGGGUCAGGGAGGUGGAGCCUGAAAAUUGCUCCCAGGCGGUGGCCCUGGCCGAAGAUUUCCUGCAGAGGCACCAGGAGAACGAGAGGCAGGAAGAGCGGGUGGUGGGGCCAUUCAAAGAAGCAGCCACUCAUUUCCCAGAGGCUGAAGAAGGUUCAUCAGAUUCCUGGCAAAGAGUCAUCUUAGGAGAGAUCAAGCAGGAGGAGGAAGAAGAAGAAGAGGAUGACAGAGACGCCACUGCGCUGGGUGAUGAGCGACUGUACCGAGGAGACUCUGACAAUUCUGGGGAAGCAGAAUCACAUGGGACAUUGUCAGAACGAGCCAGCUGGAGUGUCUCCUGCAAUCCUGACCUGGGGGAAGGUUCGGACAGCUAUCCAGGAAGCUACCCAGAGAAAGGCAGGGAGAAAAUAUUCUGCAGUCCGACAAUUUACCCACAAGUCAAAGGCGGGGUCGUCCAGCCAAGGAUCCAGGGCGAACGGUUAAAAAAAUGCCCUGAGUGCGGGAAGGGUUUUGUGUGGCGGUCAGAACUGAUCGAACAUCAAAGAUCCCACACGGGGGAAAGACCCUACUCCUGUUCGUACUGCGGGAAAAGCUUCAGCCGCAAAUCGUACAUAAUUAAGCACGAAAGGAUCCACACCGGGGAGAAACCCUACAUCUGUUCCCACUGUGGCAAAGGCUUCAUUUCCAAAUCGGACCUCAUCAAGCACGAAAGGACCCACACGGGGGAGAAACCCUACCUCUGCCCGGACUGUGGGCGGAGCUUCAGCAGGAAGCAGUUCCUGGUGACCCAUCGGCGGACGCACACGGGGGAGAAGCCCUACAAGUGCUCCGAAUGCGGCAAGAGUUUCAGCCAGCGGACAUGCCUGGUCAUCCAUGAGAGGGCCCACACCGGAGAGAAGCCUUUCCAGUGCUUGAUCUGUGGGAAAAGCUUCGGCAGGAGGGACAUCCUCAUGACUCACCAGAAGCUGCACGCCCGAGAGAAAGCGUUCCAGUGUGCAGACUGCUUCCCUGGCUCCGCCUCCGAACAGCUCUCAUUGAAAAUGGCUGCCGAGGACGCUGGAAGUGUGCCGGCCCUAGGAUUCCAAAUCCAAGCUGAGCUUGAAAAGGGAAUGAAGGAUGAGCAGAUGGAUCCUGCGGGCCUCAAGACUGGACCGAGCAGCCCCCCUUCAGACUGGGCUGGGGACGCCGAGAAAAGGGAGGGACCAAGCCAGUCGGAAGAGAUGAAACGGGAACCAGAGGAGAGGCUGAAGCAGUGUUGGGAAGCCCAGUGGCAGCACUUCCUGAAGGACAUGGAGUCCACUCAAUUGGAAAGGGGGAGCUCGCCACUGCCGCCGUCCCUUGGUCGUGCCGGCGCUUUCCUGCCCCACUUAGGCCAGAGUGAGCAUAGCAGAGGGAAGAAAUUGGCCCACUUCCUGUCUGGCUUGAGCAAGAAGGCCCAGCAGACCAGCAGGGGUCGUGACCAGUGGAUGGAAGACAAGGCUGGUCUCCAGGAAGUGGAAGAAGAGACCCCAAAUGAGGAGGAUGCUGGUAGCCUAGAAUUGUGGCGCCAGCGCUUCAGGCGGUUCCGCUACCAUGAGGCUGAGGGACCCCGGGGGGCUUGCGGCCGACUCAGAGAACUUUGCCACCGGUGGCUGGCGCCGGAGAGACGCACCAAGGAGCAGAUCCUGGAGCUGGUCAUCCUGGAGCAGUUCCUGGCCAUCCUGCCUCCCCAGAUCCGGAACCAGGUCCAAGAAGUAGGGCCGGAGACCUGUUCCCAGGCAGUGGCCCUGGCGGAGGGGUUGUUGCCAAAGUGGCAAGGAGUGGAGGUUCCGUUUAAGGAGGAAGGGGACAGUUCUUCCGACAUAGUGAUGUCUGUGCCAAAAGCCUGCCAGGGGCCUGUCCUGAGUGGGGUCAAAGAGGAGGAUGAAGGAGGAGCGCCUUCCUUAGGACGCAACAGGAGCCCCUGUGGGACAAAAAGGAGCCAGCUGGAGAACCCUAGGGAUGUGGAAUCCCACGGGAUUAUGGCUGAACAGGACGUAUCCCGCUCUCCAGCUCAGAGCAGAGCCCCCUCUGAGAGUCGGCCAAGGAGUUCCCCGGUGAAAGAGGGAGACCAGCUAGCGCAGAAUGCUGUCCCUGUGCCUAAAAAUGCUCAUUUGGCAGAGAGGCGGUACAAAUGCUCCUUCUGCGAAAAAAGCUUCAAGCACCGGUCGACGCUGACGGUGCACCAACGUACCCACACGGGAGAGAGGCCUUAUACUUGUGCCCACUGUGAGAAAAGCUUCAUGCACCGAUCUAAUCUCAUCGUUCACGAGAGAACCCACACGGGAGAGAAACCGUACAAGUGCCUGGACUGUGGCAAGAGCUUCAGCCACCGCUCCAACCUCAUCGCCCACAAAACGAUCCACGCCGCGGGGGCGCUCUACCAGUGCGUGGAAUGCGGGGACCGUUUUGAGCACCUCUCGCACCUCAAUGCCCACAAGCCGGUCCACCUGGAAGAGAAGCCCCACGAAUGUCCAGAGUGCGGGAAGACCUUCAAGCACCGGGCGGCUCUCACGGACCACAGGCGCAUCCAUCGCGAGGAGAAGCCUCACAAGUGCCUCCAGUGCGGGAAAAGCUUCAGCAAGAGGUCGGCCUUCAUCGUUCAUGAGAGGACGCACGCCGGGGAAAAGCCGUACCGCUGCUCGGAUUGCGGGGAAAGCUUUAACGAGAGGUCGGUCCUGGUGGCUCACGAGAGGAUCCACGUGGGGGAAAGACUGUGCUCGCAGCUCGCUCCUUAUUACACAUAAGAGACUCCCCACACCACACAGAAGAGAGUCCUUGAUUGCACAUAAGAGAGUCUGUACGGAGAACAGAAAAGUUUAAAAUACCCCAGCUGUCCGUGACCAAACCAGAUGAUCCAUAGGAGAACUCAUUCAGAAAGCAGAGCCCUGCUUUUAAUCCUUGAUCUGUAGUGCGUAGUAAGAGUUAUUUAUUUUGCCGUUAAUGCCAAGCUGUACCUCAGAGAGGACCCUGGAAAGGGUGCAGAAAAGGACCAAGCUUUGCGGACGUGGCCUUGAUGACGUGGGUAUUCUCUGAAAACAAUGAGUUUUCCUGUGAGAAGAGCUUGCAAUUUUGGGGGCUUAUUAGUUUAGGAAACAGGGGGGGGAAAAGGAAUGGGGAAGCAUGCUAAAGGUUGACAGAGUUAUGCAUGGUAUAGAGGAGGUGAGUAAAA